AUGCAUAUGAACAAGAGAAUCGGUCGCCUGAAGCAGUGGGCGGGUGAGCGCAUGGGCGGCGAGGUGAAGACUUGCCAGUCUGAUGAUUUCAAAGCCCUGGAGACGGAGAUGGGGGUGCGACAAGAAGUCUUUGAUCACCAGCUGACCAAAUUCUCUCCAGGCGUCGAUCGCAUCCACAAGUCCAUGACGGCGUAUGUCAAAGCCAUCUCGAAGCGUAGCGAAGGCGAUGACAAGGAGAAGACCCUUCCUAUUGCGCACCUCGGUAGCAGCAUGGUGGCCCACGGAGAGGACUUUGAUGGCAAUUCCGAAUACGGACAGUGUUUGACCAUGCUCGGACGAACCGAAGAGCGCAUCGCGCGCAUUCAAGAGAGCUACAUCUCACAGGCGACAUCGAGCUGGCUUGAGUCGCUGGAGAGAUCCUUGGCCCAGAUGAAGGACUACAAUCACGCUCGGAAGAAGCUGGACAGCCGUCGACUGGCUUACGAUACGUCUCUGUCGAAAAUGGAAAAGGCGAAACGGGAAGACUUCCGCGUGGAGGAGGAGCUGCGCACGCAAAAGGUCAAAUACGAGGAGGCCAACGAUGAUGUGAUUCGCCGCAUGCAGGACAUCAAGGACGCCGAAGCAGAGAGUGUGAUGGAUCUGGGUUCCUUCUUGGAGGCCCAGCUCGAGUAUCACGAACGAUGCCGGGAGGUGCUGCUGCAGCUUCGCAGUGAAUGGCCAGCCGGGUGCAGCCAAGCGCCAUCCCCCCCACGACGUCCCAGCCGAGCUCGGUCGAACACGGCUCAUUCGUAUCAGGAACGAUAUGAACCCCUGCAGGAGGAAUUGGAGACGGUGACGGAGAAUCGACCCACGAUUCGAUCCAACCGGACGGUCUCAAACUACGGUGGCGACUCAUCCGCACGCGAGGCGUAUCCCCCAAGCAGCGGUUACGCGCGACCAAUCCUCAACCGAACACCCACCUUCGAAAGCCCAACUCAACUGCGACACGAAACCUCCCCCGCGUCCAACCAGUGGAUGCAUCGCACCGCGAGCGAUACCGUGGUGCCUCGGCGGAACAGCGUGCAACCUGCUGGAGGACGAUUCCUCGCGGACCCGUACGCGGAUUCGGAGGCCAGCUCCUAUGGCCGCUCCAGCCCAGAGCGACCCUACAAUGGCCGUUCGAUCUCCCCUGCGACCUCUCAUGGCAGCGUGCCUUCCCGUCGUCCCAGCUCCACUGCGUUGAAUGCGUCGGGCAUGACGAAGAAGGCACCUCCACCACCCCCUUCGCGUGCGAAGAAGCCGCCACCUCCACCACCUCCCAUGAAGCGGUCCUUGGUCACGGUGACCGACCUGUAG